AUGAAAUGUAUCGGUUAUAUACUGAGGAUUCAAACCGUCGAUAAUACAUACACUAUUCAUCGCUUAAUUAUUGCUUGUGCCUCUCAUACCAACGACAAUGACCUUUGGAAUAGGCUGAGUAAAUCUAUCUCAAAGCAAACAAUUACCGAGGCCUGGAACAAUCUGACGAUCAUUCGUGAAAAAACACCUUGGUCCAUUAGCUCCGAUGGUUCUAUCAUCCCUGCAACGGAGCCGAAUUCUUUAUCUGGAGACAGAAACAACCAUCGCAUCAAUAGGGUUAUGGUCCCGGGAAGCUUCUCAGAUCAUAUCAUCCAGAUUAUCGAGAAAGAACUCAGACCUUGCUUUACGCAUGUCAAAGCACAAAAACUAGUUGAUCGUGCCAAAACUACAAUCACUUUACAUCAGGAUAAAAUAAGGAAAGAAUCAGGACGAAUGGUUGAGGACAUUAGCAAUAACAGUGUUAUACCAAGUUCAAAGAAUGGGAAUGGCUAUAUAACAGCUGGUGAAAAUAGAGAAUUGCUCAUUCCCCAUUCACAACAGCGAUCAAGGCAACCCAUCGCUGCCAACCAAAACCGUAUUUUGAUCGCUCCUGUGACAGACACACCAAAUGAUGAAGAGGAAAACUGGGCGGCUAUGGAUACCGGCGAAGAUGAAGGCCCUUCAAUAACUUGUGUGAGCGGCUCAAGCGGCUUGCCAUCUCAAUCUAGGCGCUGGGACAAAACGUUUUUGGGAUCCGUUCCUGUUGUGGAAUGGUGCGCCCAGCAGCCGAUUCAAGAUAUGAAUCGAAUUCAUGAGGUGUUUAUGCUCCUUGUUGGACCUAUCUUAGCCAUGACAGACUCAUUACAAUACCAAUACCGAAUAAGAGGGUUAGAUAUGUUGACAAGAUUCUUAAUCCAGUAUCAUGAUCAGGACUACCAUCAGAAGCAGCCUUCAACCGCGGCAAAAGCAAAAACAGGGACACCACAAAUGGAUUCCAAGAUUUGGAUCAAGAUUUUUACUCGUACAGGUUUAGACCAGGUUUUGGAACGCUCCUUGAAGCCACUACUGGUCCCUAUACAAGCAGGGCUCACGUUGACGCCACAACAGCAGCAACAGGAUAGUUUACUCCCGAUUGGAGACAGUGAGGAAUUAGAAGCGAUUUCGGCAGCCUUUAGGGCGUAUUUAACUUUAAUCCUCGUGAACACUGAGCCAGCUUACAAGCCCGUAUCAGUCACUGAUGAUUCCUAUACAGUAUCUCUCAAAGAAUCGAAUAAGGGCGGACUGACGGUUGAGAACUUGUUUGUUCAUGCAGUGUUAGCGAGUUUCCGUAGAGCGAACCCUUCCAGAGAAUACAAAACCGUGGUGUUGCGAUGGGCAACUGUUUUGAUCCAACCAAUUAUUUCAUUUGAUUUUAUUCGGGAAGAGCUUGUAUCAAAGGAUGGAUACUCUCGGCAGAGAAAUGAUCAGAAAAAACAUAAAACGCAAAAUCAACAGAGGACUAACCCGGAAAAGGGUUCUUUCAGCCUCGAAGUGUCAAAUUCGGAUAUUCCGCAACAGAGUUUCCAGGGAAUAUAUGGCAUGGGUAUUAUAACAAUCAAGUACCUCCCAACAUUAAUCCCAUACAUUUGUGGCAUUUUGGAUCUUUAUUUCCCGUCCUCACCUCCUGAGGAACGCAUUAAGAGCUUGGAUCUGGCUUGGAUAUCUUCAAAGGCCUUGUAUAUGAUCAUGCUAGUUUCAAAGUCAAGAAUCCCGCGGUAUCGUGGCAAGAUUUUAGCGGCUCUUGCGAGCUGUUGGGCCAACUCUCGUACUUAUUCUGAUGCUCUUUCCUCAGAAUCUCUUAAAGAUGCUCAAGCUCGUCUGGAUCAAAGUCUUGUCGAUGCAAUGGGGCUCAUCAAACAGAUAUGUCAACCUAAAAUCGCAGAGGAUGCACAGAACGGACUUGAGAUAGACCUUAAAGUACUUCAGAACCUCGACCCUCCUGUCUUUAACCCUCUUUUUGUACCUCAAUGA